AGUUUGCGCCCUUCCUUGGGCCGUUUCCCUAGCAACUUCUGGGCGAGCCCUCUGGAGACAGACAGUAGGCCCAGGUCUCCCAGGUGCCGCCGUGACCUACAAGGAUAAGGGGCCGCCUACGAACCUUGGUUACGGCCGCCGCUUCCAAGUGCCAGAUGAUGGAGGAGCGUGCCAACCUGAUGCACAUGAUGAAACUCAGCAUCAAAGUCUUGCUCCAGUCUGCUCUGAGUCUGGGCCGCAGCCUGGAUGCAGACCAUGCCCCCUUGCAGCAGUUCUUCGUAGUGAUGGAGCACUGCCUCAAACAUGGGCUGAAAGUUAAGAAGAGUUUUAUUGGCCAAAAUAAAUCUUUCUUUGGGCCUUUGGAGCUGGUGGAGAAACUUUGUCCAGAAGCAUCAGAUAUAGCCACUAGUGUCAGAAAUCUGCCAGAGCUAAAGACAGCUGUGGGAAGAGGCAGAGCCUGGCUGUAUCUUGCACUCAUGCAAAAGAAACUGGCAGAUUAUCUGAAAGUGCUUAUAGACAGUAAACAUCUCUUAAGUGAGUUCUAUGAGCCCGAAGCGCUGAUGAUGGAGGAAGAAGGGAUGGUGAUCGUUGGUCUGCUGGUGGGCCUCAAUGUUCUUGAUGCCAAUCUCUGCUUAAAAGGAGAAGACUUGGAUUCUCAGGUUGGAGUGAUCGAUUUUUCCCUCUACCUUAAGGAUGUGCAGGAUUUUGAUGGCAGCAAAGAGCAUGAAAGAAUUACUGAUGUCCUGGACCAAAAAAACUAUGUGGAAGAGCUUAACCGGCACUUAAGUUGCACAGUUGGGGAUCUGCAGAACAAGAUAGAUGGCUUGGAAAAGACUAAUUCAAAGCUUCAAGAAGAGCUUUCAGCUGCAACAGACCGGAUUUGUUCACUUCAGGAAGAACAGCAGCAAUUAAGAGAACAAAAUGAAUUAAUUCGUGAGAGAAGUGAAAAGAGCGUGGAGGUAAGAGCAGUCUCACAGCUGGGCAGCUGGUUUCUCUGCCGUGAACUUGAAAAAGAACUGGAGCUACAAAUUGGAAUGAAAACCGAAAUGGAAAUUGCAAUGAAGUUACUAGAAAAGGAUACCCAUGAGAAGCAGGACACUCUUGUGGCCCUCCGCCAGCAACUGGAAGACGUCAAAGCAAUUAAUUUACAGAUGUUUCACAAAGUUCAGAAUGCAGAGAGCAGUUUACAACAGAAGAAUGAAACCAUCACAUCUUUUGAAGAAAAAUCCAAUCAAGUUAUGUCUACCAUGAAACAAAUGGAAGAAAGGUUGCAGCAUUCGGAGAGGGGGCGCCAGGGGGCAGAGGAGCGGAGCCAGAGGCUGCAGCAGGAGCUGGGUGCCAGGACCAGCGCCUUGCAGCACCAGCUUGUCCAGCUGCACGAACAGUGCUCAAGUCUGGACAAAGAGUUGAAAUCAGAAAAAGAGCGCAGGCAAGCCCUCCAGCGGGAACUGCAGCGUGAGAAGGACGCUUCCUCACUACUCCGAGCAGAGCUACAGCAAGUGGAGGGCCUGAGAAAGGAGCUAAAGGAGCUCCAGGACGAGAAGGCAGAGUUGCAGAAGGUUUGCGACGAGCAGGAACAAGCCCUUCAGGAGAUGGGGCUGCACCUCAGCCAGUCCAAGCUGAAGAUGGAAGAUAUCAAGGAAGUCAAUAAGGCCCUGAAGGGCCAUACUUGGCUGAAAGACGAUGAAGCAACACACUGUAAGCAGUGUGGAAAGGAGUUCUCCAUUUCCCGGAGGAAGCACCACUGCCGGAACUGUGGCCACAUCUUCUGCAGCACGUGCUCAGGGAAUGAGCUGGCCCUGCCCUCCUACCCCCGGCCGGUGCGUGUGUGUGACGGCUGCCACACGCUGCUACUGCAGCGCUGCUCCUCAUGCCCUGGCUCCUGAGGCCCAGCAGCCUCGGGCUCCCUGGACAGGGCCACAUGCCACUAAGGGGACGACCACGGCUCGCCAAGUCUGCUCACCAGUGACUCAGGGGGAAGACAACGGAUCCUCGCCCAGCUGCAGGCCCUGGAACACAGCUCACCAGUUUGGAAGCUGCACAACUUUUUUUGCCAAACUGUAUGGAAUUAACUCCUCUGGAUUGAAAUUUCCUUCUCACUUGGCCACUUUAUUGGUUUUGGCUCAGAUCCUAACAAUGAUUUUGCUACUACCCUUUUUCACUUUUAAAGAAUUCACCUAUUUUGCAGCAAUCGUAGUAUUGGGGGUAAUUUAUCACCUCAGUGUGCCUUCCCUGCCUCAGUCAAAAGACUUGCCAUUUCACACCCUUGUGUCCAUCACUGGCCCUGCAAUAAAACCAUUUAUUUUUCACUCUGGA